UUGACUGACUUUGUUUUAUUAUGUAAAAUAUUCUUAAAGUGACGACAAAUUUGGCCAAAUUAUUAAUAAAUUUGAUAAAAUCUCUAAAUGUUUUUACUAAAAUUAUGCGAUUGUACGAAUCAAAUUUUUUUUAAAGAAAAGUUGAAGAGCCUUUUUCAGAGUGGUCUCUAGUGGAGGAGGUCACCAUACAUUUAGGGCAGUCCCUUCUAAUUGAGUGACAAAUAAAUAAAUAAAUACACAUUAACACGCCCUUCCUCACUGGAUCUCUUAUUCAAGUUCUCUCUCAUCCUUUCUCUUUACCCCAGAAACAAAUCAUUCCUCCCAACACGAUCCAACCCUUUUGAUUUCUUUGAUUUCAUACACAACACACCUGCCUUUCCCUUUCCUCUCUUCCAUUCCAUACAUCCUCCCUCUUUCUCUAUCUUAAUUCAUUUUAAUUGGAUUAAAGAAAGCGUUACGGAUUCAUUCACCCUCACCCUCUUACCAUCUCCUCUCUUCCUCUUCCUCUCCUUACUCUCUCUUAACGACCCAUCACUAUUAUUAUCAUUAUUAUUCUCCAUCAUUAUUGCUAUCAUUAUUAUUAUCAUUAUUGUUAUCACUAGUACGUACUCUCCAUCCCCCUCCCCUCUAAUAUAUUUUCAAUAAUAACGAGAGAGAGAGAGAGAGAGAGAGAGAGAGAGAGAGAGGAAGAGAGUCUAUAGAACAUGGCUGCUGCUGCUGCUGCUUGUGGGGGGGUUGAGAUGAGCAAGAUGACGACGAUGAUGGAGCUGCUGUUGUCGACGGAGCAGGUGGCGCGGUGGGAGCGGCAGACGGAGCGGCGGCAGCUCUUCCUACGCAGCUACCACUUCUCCCGCCACCCCACCACCCUCGCCGGCCGCGCCCGCCGCGCCCUCGUCCGCGCCCGCCGCCUCGUCUGGGCUCGCCUCCGCUGCCUCCCGCGCCUCCUCCGCUCCUUCCCCCGCCCCCGCCGCGGCGCGCGCUUCCACCGCCUCGUCGUCCACCGCCGCCCGCCCACCGCCGCCGCCUCCGCCGCCCCGAACUGGUUCUGCUAGCCGCACCACUCGGCCGACUAGCAAAGUAGUCCUACAUCGAAUUGAAAAGAAAUUGUGCAUGAAAAUAUAAGAACCGAGAGCUCCGGUAAUAAUAACUAUAUCCAAGCAUUUAGAUUAGCGAUUUAGACUUAGCAAAUUAUUAGUACUAGUGGGCUAGGAUGUUACUUAUUGCAUAAACUCCUCUCUCCUGUCAUCCUCGUGCGCUGCUGCAGCUACCUUCUUACCCUAUGACUCGUAGUUUUUUGGUUAUGGGAAGGUAUUGUGUGAUUGUAGGAAACUGGAUGACUCAAAAUUACUGGUUCCUCUGUGAUUCAAUUGUGAUAAUCAUGUACUUGUGCUCUUCCAGAGUUUAACUAUUUCUUCAUCUUUGUGGGGAAAAAAAAAGUUGUUUUUCUUCUA